AGAAGCAACGAAAAGGCUGGAGGAGGAGGAGGAAGAAGUCAGCAUGUGUCGGUGGAGAGAGGCUUGAAGUGGCUCGAGCCUCGCGAUGCUGCGCGGUCGAUCAUGAACGAACUCGCGCUCCUUCCUUCUGCAGAACGCCGCGUCGACUCUGGUGGUUUCGUGAAACUUUGCGACGAUGCCCCGUCCCUUGUUACUUGCCUUUCUGUUGCUAGUCCUCAUCAUCACUUCCCAGUUUGAGUGGAAGCAACCCCUUGUGACUGACCUUGAAAAUACUCUGAGCAUUGCCCAGAAGCAAUCGCGAGUUUCAGUGAGGCGAGAAGCCGUAAAAGAGAAGAUCAUCAUAUCGCAAGAGCAACGCAUCCAGAAACUGUACGAACUUGUCCGGAACCUUAAGGAGCAGCUGUCGCAAUGUAGGAGCAGUAAGACAAGAAAUAGCACCACGACCUCUCUACCCGAGCAUUUUAUUGAGCUCGAACAAAAGCAGGUUCUAGAGGAUUAGGUGAGAACUUCCAUGUCUUCGAAUUGUUAGGAAAAGCUCUUGGUUAUUUGCUAAUCCUUCCAACUUAAGCUGAUUACUCUUCACAGGAUAAGUUUCCCUGAGAACCUCAAGCAAAGCAAGCAAUAAUGAUCUUCUUAAUCUUCACCAGAGUCCCGCUUUGCGGCCAAUGUAAUUGGUAUUGUAAAAAUAGAAGCUUCGAACAAUCGUAGUUGUCAAACUGGAAUGCUUUGGCGAUUCUUUAGAUUAGCAGUUUAGCACAGGAAGAAGAGUAGUUGAUGAUGGAAAGGUUAUGCAUGAAAACAUUAGAUACAUUCUCAAUUGAUUGAGAUACGUAAGCAUUUAUGUGGA